AUGCAGACAGCAACGGUCCUGCCGCGCCUCCGGCUCCUGCCGAGCCUCGCGUCGUACCUUGCACCGUCGCCGACGUCGCUCGACGGCUUCCCGACCUUGCACCUCGCUCCGCCCUUCGCACCCAACGCGAUUUUGAUCCCGCUCGCCGACCAAUUGGCGGCGGCCAAAGAGACGCGACCCGCCGACAACACG